GCUGGGACCCGGACCUCCAGCCAGCCUGUUUCAGCCACCUCGUCGUCCUGGCCUUGGAACUGUUGGAAAACCAAUUCGACUGUUAGCCAAUCAUUUUCAGGUUCAGAUUCCUAAAAUAGAUGUGUAUCACUAUGACGUGGAUAUUAAACCGGAAAAACGACCUCGUCGAGUCAACAGGGAGGUGGUAGACACAAUGGUGCGUCACUUCAAGAUGCAAAUAUUUGGUGACCGGCAGCCUGGCUAUGAUGGCAAAAGAAAUAUGUACACAGCACAUCCACUGCCAAUUGGACGGGACAGGGUUGAUAUGGAAGUGACCCUUCCAGGUGAAGGUAAAGACCAAACCUUUAAAGUAUCUGUGCAGUGGGUGUCAGUUGUGAGUCUUCAGUUGCUGUUAGAAGCUUUGACCGGGCACUUGAAUGAAGUCCCAGAUGACUCAGUCCAAGCACUUGAUGUUAUCACAAGACACCUUCCCUCCAUGAGGUACACCCCAGUGGGCCGUUCCUUUUUCUCCCCUCCUGAAGGUUACUACCACCCGCUGGGAGGAGGCAGGGAGGUCUGGUUUGGCUUUCAUCAGUCUGUGAGGCCGGCCAUGUGGAAUAUGAUGCUCAAUAUUGAUGUAUCUGCAACUGCUUUCUACCGGGCUCAGCCUAUCAUUGAAUUCAUGUGUGAAGUUUUAGACAUUCAGAACAUCAAUGAACAGACCAAACCUCUAACAGACUCCCAGCGUGUCAAAUUUACCAAAGAAAUCAGAGGUCUUAAAGUUGAGGUGACUCAUUGUGGACAGAUGAAACGAAAAUAUCGAGUUUGUAAUGUGACUAGACGGCCAGCCAGUCACCAAACAUUUCCUUUACAGCUAGAAAAUGGUCAAGCUAUGGAAUGUACAGUAGCUCAAUAUUUUAAGCAAAAGUACAGUCUGCAACUGAAAUACCCCCAUCUUCCCUGUCUCCAAGUGGGACAAGAACAAAAGCAUACAUACUUGCCACUUGAGGUCUGUAAUAUCGUGGCAGGACAGCGAUGUAUCAAGAAGCUCACAGACAAUCAGACUUCCACCAUGAUCAAAGCCACAGCAAGAUCUGCACCGGACAGGCAGGAGGAAAUCAGUAGACUGGUGAAGAGUAACAGCAUGGUGGGUGGACCUGAUCCCUACCUUAAAGAGUUUGGCAUCGUUGUCCACAAUGAAAUGACAGAGCUCACAGGCAGAGUGCUCCCAGCACCAAUGCUGCAGUACGGAGGCCGGAAUAAAACAGUAGCCACACCCAACCAGGGUGUCUGGGACAUGCGAGGAAAGCAGUUUUAUGCUGGCAUUGAAAUUAAAGUCUGGGCAGUUGCUUGUUUUGCGCCUCAGAAACAAUGUAGGGAAGAUUUACUAAAGAGUUUCACUGACCAGCUCCGUAAAAUUUCUAAGGAUGCAGGGAUGCCCAUCCAAGGUCAGCCAUGCUUCUGCAAGUAUGCACAGGGAGCAGACAGCGUGGAGCCCAUGUUUAAGCACCUGAAAAUGACCUAUGUAGGCCUACAGCUGAUAGUGGUUAUCUUGCCUGGGAAGACACCAGUAUAUGCGGAGGUGAAACGUGUUGGGGAUACCCUCCUGGGUAUGGCCACACAGUGUGUCCAGGUGAAAAAUGUGGUGAAAACCUCACCUCAAACACUUUCUAACCUUUGCCUGAAGAUAAAUGCAAAGCUUGGAGGAAUUAACAAUGUACUUGUACCUCAUCAAAGGCCCUCGGUGUUCCAGCAGCCUGUCAUCUUCCUGGGGGCGGAUGUCACACACCCCCCAGCCGGGGACGGCAAGAAGCCUUCCAUCGCUGCUGUGGUAGGCAGCAUGGACGGCCACCCUAGCAGGUACUGUGCCACCGUCCGGGUGCAGACCUCUCGCCAGGAGGUCUCCCAGGAGCUCCUCUAUAGUCAGGAGGUAAUCCAGGACCUCACUAACAUGGUUCGAGAGCUGCUUAUCCAGUUCUACAAAUCCACACGCUUCAAACCCACUAGGAUCAUCUACUACCGUGGAGGGGUGUCCGAAGGACAAAUGAAACAGGUAGCUUGGCCAGAACUAAUAGCAAUUCGGAAGGCAUGUAUUAGCUUGGAAGAAGAUUACCGGCCAGGAAUAACUUAUAUUGUGGUACAGAAAAGACACCACACACGACUCUUCUGUGCAGAUAAAACAGAAAGGGUGGGGAAAAGUGGCAAUGUACCAGCAGGAACUACAGUGGACAGCACCAUCACACAUCCAUCUGAGUUCGACUUUUACCUCUGUAGUCAUGCAGGAAUUCAGGGAACCAGCCGUCCUUCACAUUACCAGGUCCUGUGGGAUGAUAACUGCUUCACUGCAGAUGAACUCCAGCUGCUAACUUACCAGUUGUGUCACACCUAUGUGCGGUGCACACGCUCUGUCUCUAUUCCAGCCCCUGCAUAUUAUGCCCGACUGGUGGCAUUCAGGGCAAGGUAUCAUCUGGUGGAUAAAGAUCAUGACAGUGCGGAAGGCAGUCAUGUGUCAGGACAGAGCAAUGGCCGAGACCCUCAGGCCUUGGCUAAGGCUGUGCAGAUCCACCAUGAUACUCAGCACACGAUGUAUUUUGCCUGAGAGUCUCAGAAAAAGAACUCAACUAGUUUGGUGCCCCAUGCAGCCUCGUUAUGUUUCAAAUGCCUACUGCCUCUUGAGAGCCAAAUUGAUUUCAGGUGGUCUUCUACCAGCAGCUUGGAAUAGUUGCACUGAAUCUAUACUUCACAGCACUGUCUGACGCAUCAACAAAAUUGAGCCAUUUUUUACAAAAAGUAAUAGACUCAUAGAUUGUCUUUUCUGAUGCACUGGACUAAAUUUUUACCUCAUCAUGCAAAGGCUAAUCAGCCUGAACUUUCUAAAGGACUUUACAAGAAAGGUUUCUAUGGAAUAUUUUGCUAGCUGUGGUGUUCACCGCAUCCCUCUAGUCUUAUAAGAGAAGAUUAAUCCUUUUUCUGUAUUCAUCAAGUGGGGUAUAUGCAUAAGUGGGAGAGAAAAACCAAACAAUCUACUUCAGUUCAGUGUAACUAAUUAAUUGUGUGGUUACAUAGACUUUUAAAUGGAGAUUUCUGACUUUGUCACUGUAAAUGCCUUUAACGAGCAUUAAUUUUUAAAAGUUUUACAGAGUUUUAUUAGUUUUACUACUUUACCUUAUUGAUCUCUACAGACUUGUGCUAGUGCAAGGACAGGCUACCAGGCAAUUGCACUAUAUUUGGCUGCAGACUCAGACAGGCAGUUCUCUUAUUUGGUUGACUUUUGUGAAUGUGGAACACAAACAGAUGUAACGCAUGUCAUGGUGACGGAUAACACUGCCAUGGUAAAAGUACUCAUGUUUCCCCUCUUUGAAAAAAAUUAGCUUUUAAUAUUUUUCAGAGUUUUCAAAAGUGCCCAUUUUUAUGCUGCUGUGUGGUUUGUUAGAUCUAAAUGAUUUUUAAACUUUUCUCAUAGAAAGUUAACUUUGGCAAUAAACAUUUUUAAGGGCCCCUUCUUCCUCCCUCUGACAAUGUAGUUUUCUAGAUGAGAUUUCAGUAUGAUUUUAUCAGCUAUUUCUUACAGAUCAUAAUCUGGCAAUUUCUGAAACCAGUCAGAUAAGACAUAUAUUUCCACGCCUUUUUUAAAGAAUUAUUUUUAUCUGUUUUAUAGUCACAGUGGUGUCCUGUCACUUUGUUUUAAAAUAAGCUAGAACUAGGAUGCUUCCUUAUUGGAUCGGCUUUGCCAGUCCUUAUGGUACAUUGAGUGAUGCUGCAACUUGCAAAAAUGUACCAGCAUUUAAAGCUUUUUUUCUUGGGAGUCAAGGUUACCCACACACUUACUUGCAGUGAAAAUUUAUUGUUCGCUUUCAAACUGAAAAGUACUUGGUGGGGUUUUUCUUCCUUUUAUUACAUUAAAACUGCAUAGAAAAGAUUGAUUUCUCUUAAAAUUCUGAAUUCUGCUCACAGGGAGAUGGGAUUCUUUUCCUGUCUGAACAAAGGGAGUUGAUGGUCUAAAGUAAGCAUCAGCUACAAUGUGGGGGAAAUGUAUUUUGUAUUUAGUGUAGAUAAUACUUUGUGAAUGGACAACAGUUACAUAGAAUCGUCUUGGUAGUUCCAGCCAGUGUUUUCCAGCCCCCAUUUUACUGAUUUGCAAUUCUCUAUCCUGGAACCCCAGGAGGAAGAGCUGGGAAAAGGGGGAAAGACCCAGAAUACCACUUCCAAGUGACUGAGGAAGCACUUCCAAGUGCUGGGGAAGGUGCCCAUUUUAUACAAUGUGGUAAAAUGAUUUGCCAUCUCUGUCUGGAAACUGCUGGUGGGGGAACACUGGAUCUGAUGCUGAAGGGUGUUUGCUUGAACUCAUUAACCAGUCCAAAUCUCUUAAAAACUAGCCUUCUCAAAAUCCCAGCAAUAUAAAGCACUGUUUUUCUUCAGUCUUUUAAACAAGCUUGUAAAUACA